UGGGUCGUGGGUAGCUUUCCCGUUGAGCGCCGUGCAUUGCCCUUAAAUAGCGGGUUGGAGUGCUUCUUUUCGGAUCCACACCCGAAUCCGAUAACCAGAUCACUAGUUCUUCACCGCCACCACCACCGCCGGUAGGAUGCUCCGCCUCACCUCCAGUUUUUUUGAAGUUAUCCCAAGGAGGGUUAUGUUUGUGAGAAGAUUAAGUGGUUCCUUUAAUGAUGAUUCUACAAAAGAACGCAUACGAAGACUUGAAGGAAAGAUUGCUCUUAUCACUGGAGGAGCAAGUGGUCUAGGCAAAGCCACAGCUCGGCAAUUCUUACUGGAAGGGGCAACUGUCAUUCUCGCAGACAUAAACAGCAAACUAGGCUCAGAAGCAGCAGAUGAACUCGGUUCGCGAGCUAAAUUCAUCGAAUGUGAUGUUACAGUAGAGAAGCAAGUUUCAAAUGCCGUGGAUUUUGCCAUGGCUCGACACGGCCGGCUUGACAUACUGCACAACAGUGCUGGUAUUACUGGGCCUCCGGCAGCACCCGACAUUGCUAGCCUUAAUUUGGCUCACUUUGAUCAAGUAAUGGCGGUGAAUGUCCGGGGAACCGUUGUUGCUAUCAAGCAUGCAGCCCGUGUAAUGGGCCCAAAAGGAUCGGGCUCGAUCCUCUGCACCGCAAGCAUUAGUGGGUUGCUUGGUGGACUUGGGCCUCAUCCAUACUCCAUUUCAAAGUUCACCAUACCGGGCAUUGUCAGGUCUGCAGCUAGUGAAUUGUGUCACCGUGGAAUUCGAAUUAACUGCAUUUCGCCGUUUGUCAUUGGGACACCACUCGUGGUCGAGCAAUUUGCAAGAUUGUACCAAGGAGCAGAGAGGGAGCGAGUCCUUGAGAUAAUUAAAGGACUUGGAGAACUUAAGGGCGCAAACUGUGAGGAGAUUGAUGUAGCCAAAGCUGCUGUUUAUCUUGCAUCUGAUGAUGCCAAGUAUGUUUCAGGUCAUAAUCUGGUGGUUGAUGGAGGAUUUACUGGCUGCAAGCAACUCAAUUUGCCAAUGCUCGAUCUGAUGGAUCGAUCUUAGUUAGACUCAACAAUUUGAAUGCUUUAAUUGGAAUUGGAUCAGACUAUUUCAAGGAAUUCAUGAGCUGUGAGAAACCUUGUAAAUGUACAAAUUUCAUCUGCAGUAAAUUAAUUGUUGUUGGUUUUCUAA